GUAGGAUAGAAAAUUGCAGUAGAUAAAAUAUUUUAUUGCGAUAAUCUACAGCCAAAGCAUAGAGGAAACUUCGUUUCCGUUACUCUUCUCUAUUCCGCGGUACCGACCACGUGGCGACGUAGAGAGAGAGAGAGAAAGAGAGAGAGAGAGAGAGAGAGAGAGAGAGAGCUGCGUCCAAGCAAGCGUUUCCCACUUAAUGCGAGUUCUUUCUUUAACUUUGUAACAGAAACCAAUAAUCAACAAAUCACAGUUAUGGAACCAAUGUGAUCUCGGUUCUGGUGAACCAAACGCGAAACCGGUACCAACCAAAACCGAUCUACCUUGCAACAGUUACGAGACUUUUUCGGGUUCUUCGUAACCGUUUCAAGAACCGAAACCGAUAUCACAACUGGUUUCAAGCCCUGUGCGAGAUUCCUCAAAGAAUGACCACGAUGCAUUCACGCCCCCUCUUAUCCAGGUAUAUAUCGAUUUUCUCACAGGUAACAGAGUAACAUAGUCGAGUUACUCCUAAGAGACCAAUUGCCUCGAACUAAAUCGCACUCAGUUACUGAUGCACCGGCAAACGGGACGCGUGGCGGUGUAUGACCGCUCGAAGUUCACAUAAAAAAGAAUCAAACUACCCCAUAUCAAACUCCCCAUAGAGGCGGAGAGCAGCGUGUAACGUGAACGAAAGGGAGCCAAGACCUCGACGACGAAUUAUAUACUUGUUUUCGGCAGAGGUUGCCAGUGCCGUUCGUGACGAAUUUCUUCGGAUCGGUGCACGACUAAAAAUCUGAGAAUACUGUGAAGCAUAGGACACAUCCAGCGUGUCGUGAUUUAUCGCGAUAAGAGCGAGAAGAUAUAUGGUCAGCUUCGAAAUGCAGUGACCGGCUGCAGGCGAGAAUUAAAGUACUUUUGGGGCGGGAGAGGAUGCGGACUCGUGGCUCGUCUCGCGAAUUGUUUGUUUGAUCGAAACUGGCGGACGUCUCGACAAGUCGCGGGUGAUCCGACAGAUCCUAACAUCCAGAAAGGAGGAAACGAAGGGAACAGUGAGAGAGUUACAGCACAGCGUUCCGAUCAACGAAACUGAAUAUUGAUAGCGUCUCGAGCUCUUACACGUGUGUACAUCUAGAUACUUAUCUAGUCCAGAAGUGUUGAAAUACUUAUGGAGGAUAGUGUGCAUACGCACGUAUUGAGACACGGUCGGAUUGGAUUUCUAGAGCAGGCGGACAGACUCGCACGAAUCCUUGAAUUCGCGGAAUCGUACGUAAUGGCACGUUAAAGGCGCGUACGUUCGAUUGGCGGUACGCCAACAACAUGGUUUUCGAUCCGAUCGCCGAAGAAGAAAAGAAACGCUUCUUUGGACAGAGUUAUGGCGCUCAUCUGCCCGGCUACACCGGACAUUGUCCUACUCUCAAGUUUCAAGUCGGAAAACGCUUUGGAGCGAGUACGGAGGAAAUCAUGAAGGAACUGCUCGAAAAAAAGAUCCUCAAGACCGGCCCUUAUAGGCCGAAUUCGGGAAGGAUGGAGCCGAACGGAAUGGUUCUAUGCGAGAAGGACGACAUCCGGAGAGAUUGGAAAAAUGAGGCGCACCUCUUCAAAGCACCUCCGUACAUAUUGGGAUACACGGGAUAUAUUCCUGGAUUUAAUAGCAGGUAUGGCCUGUCGUUUAUGAGAGCUGUGGAAGAAGGCGGUAAGGAAUGGCGUGAGAAUCAAAGUAAACUAAGAGCACGCAGGGAUCUUACAAAAGCGCGCGCUGAGAGACGCGACUCAAGAAACCUCAUGUCUAGAGCGAGGGAGGACAACAUCGCCGCCCUCAACGAAGUCGAUCAUGCUCACGAUCAAAAUCUAGUCACGUUCAGUUACGAAAUUUCUCCCGAAAGACCACCAAUCGUUGGCUACACAGGUCAUAUACCAGGAGCGAAAGGAGAGGUAGCGCUUUCCAAAAGAUACGCUCAAGCAGCGAGAAAGGGGCUCGAAUUGAUCCGAAAAGAACGCGAAGAGAGGAGAGCCAAAUUACUAAAUGCGAAUGGUUCAUUAAACGUUUUCGAUUCUGGUCAAGUUUAUCAAUCCGAACGAACGCCAGCGUAGAUUUCUCGUGAUCGAUAAACUGAACAACAACUGACAAUCUGUUUCUGUGAACAAGGAAAACGUACGUUCAAGAUGUUUCCAAAAUUUCACGUGAUCACGUCUAAAGUUCAAUGGAACACAAUUAUUCCAUGUAGGAUUUCUUAAAAAUAUUUUCCGAGUGGAAAUGUUUUUGAAGAACUGUCUCGAAGAAUCAUAUCCGCUAUUUUUGCUUUGGAGCGAAGUGAAAUUUAGCGAAUUUCUCUGAUAUCUAUUGGAUUUCCGAAGUAACAUCAGCACAAUAAUUCAAUAUGAAUUCUGAAGCAUAGCUUCGUUCAAUUCGAUAUGUUUCGAUAAUUCUGCUCGAAGAAUGUCAAAUUCUAUAAAAAUACGUAAAACUAUAAUAAAAAGAGUAUAUAUUUAAUAAUAUACCAUCUCUAUUCUC